ACUUUCUGUGGCACCCCGUCCGCCGCUCCUCCCAAAGCUCGGCUGGCCUCACCGUGGGGCGCUCGCGUUGUUUCUUUCUCGGCAUACGUGAAGCCAACGAAGGAACCGGAACUGCCGCGCUCCCUCGUCCGUCCGCUGCGUGUUUUCUCGCCGUGUUACUGAGGGGCGAGCCUCUCCGGAGACAUUUUUUUUUUUUGUGGCUAAUAAGGAAGUUGGAUGUUCACAAAACUGGCGAAAGCGGCGGCAGGAAGUCUUGCCUGCCUGUCCUGAGCGGACUUCCUGGUGUGGGUGUCUGCUGCUGCGUGCUUGUUUUGUGGCGGAUCGCCUGGGUGGGAGCCGCUCGCGCGGGCGAACGACAGCGGCGAGCGGGAAGACAAGUGGGCGAGUGUAGUGCCGCGCGGCAGCCCAAACGGACGAGAGCCCGGCGUGCGCGUCUUCGCGGAGGAGACUCGCCCGCUAGCCUGCGCUGGGUGUGGGGAGCGCAGGGCUGCAACAGCACGAGAGCGCACCGAUACGCUUCGGAGGGCCAACCGGCUGAGCCGCCCGCAGAAGAACAGAAACCGAGCGAGAGAAACGGGCGACCGCGGAGGAGGAGAAGGCGUCGGAGGAGAGACGAGUACACCGUUCAUGAAAAGCCCAAGAGUUUGGCUAAAGAUACAUUUUUAAAAGUAAUGAUGGACCACGUGUCCUAGAAUGCACAGCCCGGCUCACCGGUGCAGGGAUAUUGAGAGGCAAGCAGGCUAUCUGCAGCCUGAACACUGUGCGCCUCCACCACCACGAGGGGCCGUGGACGGUAUGUGGUUCAUCCGGGAUGGCUGCGGUAUAGUCUGCGGCGUCAUCACUUGGCUAUUGGUCUUUUAUGCCGAGUUUGUGGUGCUCUUUGUCAUGCUUGUUCCUGCAAAAAGUUUGGUAUACAGCUUUAUCAAUGGCUUCCUCUUCAAUACAUUGGCCUUCCUUGCUUUGGCUUCACAUGGCAGAGCCAUGCUGACUGACCCGGGUGCCGUGCCAAAGGGAAAUGCAACAAAGGAGUUCAUUGAGAGUUUACAGCUGAAGCCGGGCCAGGUCGUGUACAAGUGUCCCAAAUGUUGCAGUAUCAAGCCUGACCGAGCCCAUCACUGCAGUGUUUGCAAGAGGUGUAUAAGGAAAAUGGACCACCACUGUCCCUGGGUUAAUAACUGUGUAGGAGAAAACAACCAAAAGUACUUUGUACUGUUUACUAUGUACAUAGCACUCAUAUCCUUGCAUGCUCUAGUGAUGGUAGCAUUUCAUUUCCUGUACUGCUUUGAGGAAGACUGGACGAAGUGCAGCACUUUUUCUCCGCCAGUGACUGUGAUCCUGCUUAUCCUUUUGUGCUUUGAGGGACUUCUUUUCCUCAUCUUUACAGCAGUAAUGUUUGGGACACAGAUCCACUCUAUCUGUACUGAUGAAACAGGCAUCGAGCGCCUUAAGCAGGAGACGGCCACCUGGGAGAAGACGAUGUACUGGGCGGGCAUGAAGGAGGCAUUCGGAGGUCCGUUUUCCAUCGCUUGGUUCAAUCCGUUUUCCGGUUUGACGUGCCGGAGAGAGAAGUCCACUUGGAUCUGCGUGGCACAGGCAGCGGUGACCGAGGAGGAUGGGGUGUUGUAACGGACCCCCUCUACCCCCCCCCAACCAGUGGGACCAUUGUGCUUUCAUCCCUAAGGAUUGUCCCCAGUGUGCUUCUUGUCACCUCUAUGCAAAUGGCUGAACUCCAACAUCAGGUGCUUUGAGUUUAAAUGUUGGGUUUCACCCGCUGACCGGCCGAGAGCCGAGUGACCCCACUAGUGUCCUCCACUCUUAUGUCACCUGAAAAGGCGGCCCCUCAUUACAACAAGAACAGCAGGGUGCCCGCUGGACUGAAUGGCACAGUAACCAAUGGGUAGCAGUGACUAGUGGGGGGGUGGUUAGUCAGUAGACAUUAUCUAGCGCCUUUCAUCAAAGCCCCUUCACGUAUUCCACUUGUGUCUUCUGCUGUCGCUUUAUAGGAAGGCAGCGUUUCAGCUGCCAGCACCGAGUCCCAGUGUGUCCCUAAGUUGGUCACUUUACAUACCAGGACUGUCACUGAGAGAAACAAAAUUAGAAACCACUGCAUCUAAUAAAAUAAAAUAAAAAGAAACCACCUUGUAGAAAGGGGCUAUAAAAAGGGGCAGAUUUAGUCCUCUGGUCGACUCCUUGGAUAUCCCAGAAAACCUGCCAGCCCCCCCAUAGUGGAAAUAACGGGAAUAGGACGAUCCUUUUAUAGUGAAGAGGGGCGCAUAAGAAGGUGCUACAUAACCCCAACCUUCCCACCUGACUCCAUCUUGACGUGAGGACAGUCAUUAUAGAAAGGCGCUAUAUAAAGCUACAAGGACACAUUCAACUGCACUGCCACCUCUGUGUCACCCCACCUGUCACAUCCUAUGCAGUAGGAGCAUACCGGACCACUCAUGAGCCUUUUGUAGUGACGGGGGGCACUCUAAGAAGGACCCAUAAGGACACCAAUCCAACCUCCAUGCCACUGCUCCUGGCUGAUCCCACAUAGCAGAGGUACGGAAUCACACAAUUAAAAGGCGCUAUAUAAAACUACAAAGGCACACAUUCAGGUCUUUGCUGACUCCGUGUCACCCCUCAUUUAGCAGACACAAGCGCACGUGCUGCACCACUGAUGAGUCUUAUGUAGUGAUGAGGGUCACUAUGGAAAGGCGCUAUAUAAACCCACAAGACCCCAACCCUGCUGACUCCAUGGUUGUCCCCAAGUAAGUCACUUCAUGUGCCACGUCCCACGUUGCAGAGACCACUGUACUGCUCCUGCUAGUUGGCUGGUGUUCACUCUGAAAAGGCGCUAUAUCAAAGCAGACACCCCAGUGACUCAAUGUGAGUCUGUACACCCACCCGUGUCCCCAUCGUGGUGACAUGUGUUAUUGUCAUCAUAAGCUGGUGGCCUGGCCAGCUGUUUCUCUUCUGUUAAAUACCAAGGAGUUGGUUUGACUGAUGUCACCCUGUAGGACAGACGUCACCUCUUAAACCAGUCCUGUCAGUCCUCGUGUCGUCAAUCAACUGUCAAGUGCCUUGGGGGGGGGCGCUGUGAAAGGCGCUAUAAAAUGUGCAGAUCCCCAGCACUGACCCUGAGUGGCAAUACGAACACAACUGAACUGCUGUGCCUUGGGGGGGGGUCCACUAUGAAAGGCGCUAUACUAAAUAAAGUCUGACCAAUGGCUGUGUGAAGUGUUUGCCCACACCGUACAAAGUGGCCACUUUACAAAUAACAGCUGAAUGAGUGCUUUGUAAUUAUUCUUCUGAAGAAAGGCGCUAUAUGAAGUAAACCUCUGCUGACUGUGUGGUGACCUUUUUCUAACAGCGUGCAUUAACAAAGCUGGAGGCCAAAAGAAAAGCUGACCGGUCAUUCUGCAAAGCCGCUUGACGUCCGCUUCAUUUGAAAGGUGCUAUAAAAACAUUAAAGUUGGAGUGUUGUGUAA